ACUUGAGAAUUUGUCGGCGUGGUCAUUAAGUGCACCGUUAAAGUAUUAUGCGCGGGACCGGCGUUUAACGAAUUUUCAUUAUUUUCAAUUAAUAUUAAUAAGUUAUUUUUCAAAACGUUCAAAGGCAAUUAAUAAACUAUAAAAUUUAUAGUGACUCUCAAGUGAUCACGCACAAGAUUAUUUUGCCAGCAACUGAAAACAAUAACUGAAAACAAAAAAUGGCGCAAGAAGCUGAUAUGCCAACAUUCAAAUGUGUUCUGGUAGGUGACGGAGGUACUGGAAAAACAACUUUUGUAAAACGUCAUCUUACGGGCGAAUUUGAGAAGAAAUAUGUCGCUACACUUGGAGUUGAAGUUCAUCCCUUGAUAUUCCAUACGAAUCGAGGUCCCAUUAGAUUUAACGUCUGGGAUACCGCUGGUCAGGAAAAAUUCGGUGGUCUCCGUGAUGGUUACUACAUUCAAGGGCAGUGUGCGGUUAUCAUGUUUGACGUUACGUCCAGGGUGACGUACAAAAAUGUACCAAACUGGCAUCGAGAUUUGGUCCGAGUCUGCGAAAAUAUUCCCAUUGUUCUUUGCGGUAAUAAAGUUGACAUUAAGGACAGAAAAGUCAAGGCCAAGAGCAUUGUUUUCCAUCGGAAGAAGAAUCUCCAGUAUUAUGACAUCAGUGCAAAAAGUAAUUACAAUUUCGAGAAGCCUUUCUUGUGGUUGGCACGUAAAUUGAUUGGAGAUCCAAAUCUUGAAUUCGUUGCGAUGCCAGCACUUCUUCCUCCUGAAGUCACAAUGGACCCACAAUGGCAGCAACAAAUUGAAAAGGAUCUCAAAGAAGCCCAAGAGACGGCUCUACCAGAGGACGAUGAAGAUCUUUAGGUUUAUUUUUUAUCAAAUAAUACAAAAUCCUCGGUACAAAUGAGGGUCAACAUUGAGUAAUGAUUGACAACAUCUCUACUCACCUCGUUUUGUUCAAGAUUCAUUUUCUUACAAAGUUAAUUGUUUUCUUUUUUUUUUUUUGUGUGUGUGUAUGUAAUUGAAUUUAAUUCCGGCUCUUGAUUAAUAAAAAAUAAACAAAAGCCAGAAAUAUUUCUGUGAUUCUAAAAUAAAUAAAUUUUUGAUGAAAAAAAAGAAAAAAAAAACCACAAGAUUAGUUUUGUAAAGAAGAAUCUUUGAAACGAAAUGUGUUAACAGUUAACUGCAAGCAAUAAAUUUAAAAAAAAUUGCUUUCUUUUGUAAAGAAAACAACAAAAAUUUAAAAAAAAAAAAAAAAAGAAGAAAACAGUGAGUUAAAAUACGUCAGUCAAGAAAAAAAAAACUCAUCACUGUAAAACUUAAAUUAUUAAAUUAAAAAAUUGCACAAUUCAGCAAUAUUACGGCAACAUUAACGCCACUAGUUUUUUUUUCUCUCUCUAGGAAAUUGUUUGAAUAUUUUAUUGGCUCCGCUUCAAGUGAGGUAAUUUGUUAAUUCUUUUUUUUUUUCAUAAUUCAGAAAUUUUUAACUGAAAGAUGAUACAUUUUUCAGUUUUGUUAUAUUUAAAUGUCUGUUUCAAGUUACCGAGGACUGUUUACUAUUUUUAUAUAAGCAGAAGUGAAUGUAUGAUUUUUUUUUUUUUUUUUUUUUGUCUCCAAAAUAUACAUUUCCCCUUUUUUUCUACAUAAAAACAACCAAUUUGUGUCUUUUGGAAACCAAAGUAGCGAAAAUGUUGCCUUUUGAUCGACGUAUUCAUAAGAGCGAAAUGUGUAAAGUCUGUAGUGUAAUAUUUACAUUUUUUUUUUCCCCUGGUAAAAUAAUUUAGAAUCAAUGCGAAUAGAUCUGUGGAUUUAAUCUUAUUUGAUUUUAUAAAUAUGAGAGUUUGAUUGGACUACCUUGAGCGGAUUGUAUUUCUGAUGUCUGAAUUUAAUAAAACGUGAAUGAUA